GUUGCCAUGUGCUCUCGCGAGACUUGGCGGACGGUAAGAAAGCAAGCUUGCUAGAUUUGAGUUUGUUUUCGCCAAGACAUGACUUCGUCUUUUUGCCGAAAAAGAUACAUUCUCGUCGCUCGGCCGCAUUUGAAACAGACACGAGAUAGGAAGUUGGUGUGAUUGUGCAGUUUUUGUUGUCGUUUUUCGUGUGUCUGGAGGAUAGACUGUUUUCCUACACGUCAAGUCGACUGCAUGAAUCCGUUGUCAUAUCGGCUAGUAGGUCCACUUUGUCCCUAACCAGCGUCAUAUAAAUGACCGGCAUGGCGGUCUUUUACACCAGGGCGGUAAUCCCGUCCUCCUCGGCCCGAUUUUGGAUCGAACACGCUGCGAUUCAGAAACCACAUUGGGACUUUUAAAUGUCUCCUGGAGAAGUCCUCAGCACGGUGUAUGUCCACUGCCAUGGAUAAACUGACCGUCAUAUCAGGAUGUCUUUUCCUCGCUGCACAAGUCUUCGCCAUCGCCAGCAUCGCGAACCCAGACUGGAUCAGCACCGGAGAGUCCGCCGGCUCCCUGACUGUAGGUCUGGUCCGACAGUGCCAGACCAUUCAUGGCCGAGAUCGGACCUGCAUCCCCCCUCACAUGCCCCCAGAGUGGGUCACUACUCUCUUCUUCAUCAUCCUGGGUGUCCUCUCGCUGACGGUCACCUGCUGUCUGCUGGUCAUGUCCCACUGGCGCCGCGAUGUGAUCCGAUACGCCCGCUGGAUCGCUUUUACCGGAUACGUGAAAGGAAGGACGUGUCCCUGCUUUGUUUGCAUUUGUUACACCGAUUAUGACAACAUACAAAGUGAGGCAAAAGACAAGUCUGCUGUUGCAAUGUGGAAUUAAGAUGCACAAGAGCAAAGUACACUACAUGUUUCUUCUCAACACGUGUACGUGGUUUGUUGGUCCACAAAGAAAAUCCUAAUAAUACAGGCAGGCAUAUAUAUUAGGAGUGUAAAAAAAAAUCGAUUUUCAAAUUAAUUGUGAUUCUUAAUCAAUUUUAAAAAAAUAAUCAAUUUUAAAUUAUAUAUAUAUUUUUUUCUCAAUCUGUCCUGACCAACCACUCAGUAAACAUCAUUUUGUUGAUGUAGACUUAUUUGCUGUAAGAUUUACUUUAGAAAAGAGAAUUUUGAUACUUCUCUAUAUGCCUUAUUUGUAUUUGACUUUAUUAAACGUUUUGUAAGCAUGUUUUUUUUUUUUAACAACCAGUUUUCUUUUAAGUCAGAUUGAUCAGAGCUUUUAUCUAUUUUAUGGAGGAAUUUAGUAAUCAAAGACCUGGCAUCUAUCCAUCCAUCCAUUUUCUACCGCUUAUUCCCUUUUGGGGUCGCGGGGGGGCGCUGGCGCCUAUCUCAGCUACAAUCGGGCGGAAGGCGGGGUACACCCUGGACAAGUCGCUACCUCAUCGCAGGGCCAAUACAGAUAGACAGACAACAUUCACACUCACAUUCAAACACUGGGGCCAAUUUAGUGUUGCCAAUCAACCUAUCCCCAGGUGCAUGUCUUUGGAAGUGGGAGGAAGCCGGAGUACCCGGAGGGAACCCACGCAUUCACGGGGAGAACAUGCAAACUCCACACAGAAAGAUCCCGAGCCUGGAUUUGAACCCAGGACUGCAGGAACUUCGUAUUGUGAGGCAGACGCACUAACCCCUCUUCCACCGUGAAGCCAACCUGGCAUCUAGUGUUAUUAAAAAGUAUUGAUUUUGACUCCAGAUCAAUUCUGAAAGGAAUCAUUUCCCCCAAGAACCAAAUCGAAUCGUGUGGUGCAAAGAUUCAUAGCCCUUUUAUAUAUACAUUAUACAAUUUUGCAAAAAGGCUAAAAACUAAUACUGCUAUGUAUGAUGUCUUUUGACAUGUUUCAAGGAAAAGUUUAUUGAUAUCAAUAUUUAAUUUCUUCUUUACAAUGCUUUUAUGACCGAAAGGACAAAAUCACGGGUACAAGCGGCCUAUAUGAGUUUCCUCUGCCGGGUGGCGGGCUCUCCCUUAGAGAUAGGGUGAGAGGCUCUGCCAUCCGGGGGGAGCUCAAAGUAAAGUUGCUACUCCUUCACAUCGAGAGGAGCCAGAUGAGGUGGUUCGGGCAUCUGGUCAGGAUGCCACCCGAACGCCACGGGCACAUCCGACCGGUAGCAGGCCACUGGGAAGACCCAAGACACGUUGGGUAGACUAUGUCUCCCGGCUGGCCUGGGAACACCUCGGGAUCCCCCGGGAAGAGCUGGACGAAGUGGCUGGGGAAAGGGAAGUCUGGGCUUCACUGCUUAGGCUGCUGCCCCCGCGACCAGACCUCUGAUAAGCGGAAGAAGAUAAAUGGACAAUGCUUUUAGCUACAUUAUUUUUGUUUAAUUUGAUUUCUAUGUGCCGCAGGCCAAUAUAAACAGCACCCCCAGUGUAAGCCAACUGUCACUACACACAAAUUGCCACAACAUCAAAAGGGACAAGUGGUAGUAAAUGGUUGGAUGAAUGUACCCCCAACUGCUUCCUGUACAGCUGUUAUUUUUUACUGACAAACACACCACAAAAUGGCACGGUUAAUGGCGCCACCGACACCUUUGUUCUAUUCUUUCAGCAUUAAUUUACAACAAAGCUUAUCUCAAGAGCUACAUCUAAAGUUAUUCAUAUAUAACAGUGUUUACAUAAAAUAUAGUUAAGGUUAUGAUCAAUGAAGUUAUGGCUGGAAAAUCUUUAAAAUGUCCACCAAAUUAAAAGGUUAGUACAAGAAUGACAAAACUCAUUCACAGUUUAUUAUGAGAGCCAAAGAUGCUAAAACCAUGUUACUUGCUUAAUUAUCUGAACAAAACAUCCACAAUGUAGCUUUGCGUUAUAAGUGAUAAAGCAAGUGUGUGUAAUUUCAAACAUAUUACUGAUAAUUGCAGUAAUAUGAAAGCAUUCAGAGGGCAAUAAAAAUUAGCUGCGGAAUGAAACCAUACAUUUUGGUGCACAUCUGGACAAAUACUAUUAUGUGCUAGAUUUAUUUAUUGAAAAAUGUGCAUUCAUAAAAUAAUGCAUUAAAUCACUUGGCUAUAACUGCAGAAUAUGAUUAGUAUGGGAAAAUGUUCCAUGAAUUAUGGCAAAGUCAACAGAUCUUUACAGUGUUUAUUCACCUUGAUAUAUUCAACAUUUUUAACUAUAAACAAUAAAAUCGAUGUUGCAGACA